CUUCCCUUCGCUCGCCCCGGCAGUGCUCCUGCGUGGCGUUUGCCUUGACGCUCCCACUUCCGCCGGGCCGGAGCCAGCCGAGCAGGAGGCGAGGCCAAGCCGAGCAGCCGAGCCGGGCGCUUGCACCGCAGCCGGAGCGGAGCAGCAGCAGGAGGGGCGAGCACCAAGGCAGCAGCCAACAUGUCGGACUCCAAGUAUUUCACCACCACCAAGAAAGGGGAGAUCUUCGAGCUGAAGGCGGAGCUGAACAGCGACAAGAAGGAGAAGAAGAAAGAGGCCGUCAAGAAGGUGAUCGCCUCCAUGACAGUCGGCAAAGAUGUCAGUGCGCUCUUCCCAGACGUUGUGAACUGCAUGCAGACUGACAACCUGGAGCUGAAAAAGCUGGUCUACCUGUACCUGAUGAACUAUGCCAAGAGCCAGCCAGACAUGGCCAUCAUGGCUGUCAACACCUUUGUCAAGGAUUGCGAGGAUCCGAACCCUCUCAUCCGGGCCCUUGCUGUGCGCACCAUGGGUUGCAUCCGGGUGGACAAGAUCACCGAGUAUCUGUGUGAGCCGCUGCGGAAGUGUCUGAAGGACGAGGACCCUUACGUGCGCAAGACGGCUGCUGUCUGCGUGGCGAAGCUUCACGACAUCAACGCCCAACUGGUGGAAGAUCAAGGCUUCCUGGAUACCUUGAAGGACCUCAUCUCCGACUCCAACCCGAUGGUGGUAGCCAACGCUGUUGCUGCUCUCUCGGAGAUCGCGGAGUCCCACCCCAGUAGCAACCUGCUGGACUUGAACCCGCAGUCAAUCAACAAACUGCUGACGGCUCUGAACGAAUGCACCGAGUGGGGCCAGAUCUUCAUCCUUGACUGCCUGGCCAACUACAUGCCCAAGGAUGACCGUGAGGCUCAGAGCAUCUGCGAGCGGGUGACGCCCCGGCUGUCCCACGCCAACUCCGCCGUGGUCCUCUCCGCCGUGAAAGUGCUGAUGAAGUUCAUGGAGCUGCUCUCCAAGGACCUGGACUACUACGGCACCUUGCUGAAGAAGCUGGCCCCACCGCUGGUCACUCUGCUCUCGGCCGAGCCGGAGCUGCAAUACGUGGCCCUGCGGAACAUCAACCUCAUCGUCCAGAAAAGGCCUGAGAUCCUGAAGCAUGAGAUGAAAGUCUUCUUCGUGAAGUACAACGACCCCAUCUACGUCAAGCUGGAGAAACUGGAUAUCAUGAUCCGCCUGGCUUCUCAAGCCAACAUCGCGCAGGUGCUGGCUGAGCUGAAGGAAUACGCCACGGAAGUGGACGUGGACUUUGUGAGGAAAGCUGUCCGGGCCAUCGGCCGCUGUGCCAUCAAGGUGGAGCAAUCUGCGGAACGCUGUGUGAGCACCCUGCUGGACCUGAUCCAGACCAAGGUCAACUAUGUGGUGCAGGAAGCCAUUGUCGUCAUCAAGGACAUCUUCCGCAAGUACCCCAACAAGUACGAGAGCGUGAUUGCCACCCUGUGUGAGAACCUGGACUCCCUCGAUGAGCCCGAGGCGCGGGCUGCCAUGAUCUGGAUCGUGGGGGAAUACGCCGAGCGCAUCGACAACGCGGACGAGCUGCUGGAGAGCUUCCUGGAGGGGUUCCACGAUGAGAGCACCCAGGUGCAGCUGCAGUUGCUGACGGCCAUCGUGAAGCUCUUCCUCAAGAAGCCCACCGAGACACAGGAGCUCGUGCAGCAGGUCCUCAGCCUGGCGACACAGGAUUCAGAUAACCCCGACCUGCGGGACCGGGGCUAUAUCUACUGGCGCCUGCUCUCCACCGAUCCGGUGGCGGCCAAGGAAGUGGUGCUGGCCGAGAAGCCGCUCAUCUCCGAGGAGACAGACUUGAUCGAGCCCACCCUGCUGGACGAGCUGAUCUGCUACAUCGGCACGCUGGCCUCUGUCUACCACAAGCCCCCCAGUGCAUUCGUGGAGGGGAGCAGAGGCAUCGUUCACAAGAGCCUCCCUCCGCGGACGGGCUCAAGUGAAAGUGCCGAGAGUCCGGAUGUUGCUCCCGUGGGGGCCCCCCCUUCCGAGCAGCCGGCCGUCAUCCCGACGCAGGGUGACCUCCUGGGGGACCUGUUGAACCUCGACCUGGGGCCCCCCGUGAGCGGCCCUCCCGUUGCCACGUCAUCGGUGCAGAUGGGGGCUGUGGACCUCCUUGGCGGUGGCUUGGACAGCCUGAUGGGGGACGAAUCUGAAGGGAUGGGAGGCCCCAGUUUCACCGCCCCCAGUGCGGUCAUGCCCUCCAACUUGGGGGCACCCCUUGGCGGGGGCCUGGGUGACCUCUUUGACCUGGCUGGCGGCGUGGGGACGUUGUCGGGAUCCUACGUCGCUCCCAAGACGAUCUGGCUGCCAGCCGUGAAGGCCAAAGGGCUGGAGAUUUCGGGCACCUUCAGCCGCCAGGUGGGUUCCAUCUCCAUGGACCUGGUGCUGUCGAACAAGGCCCUGCAAGUCAUGUCCGACUUCGCCAUCCAGUUCAACCGGAACAGCUUCGGCCUGGCCCCUGCUGCGCCCCUCCAGGUCCACGCCCCCCUCGCUCCGAACCAGAGUGUGGAGAUCUCCCUUCCCCUCAACACGGUUGGCUCGGUCAUGAAGAUGGACCCCCUCAAUAACCUCCAGGUGGCCGUGAAAAACAACAUCGACGUGUUUUACUUCAGCACCCUCUAUCCUCUGCAUAUCCUCUUUGUGGAAGAUGGGAAAAUGGAGCGGCAAAUGUUCCUGGCCACCUGGAAGGACAUUCCCAAUGAGAAUGAAGCACAGUUCCAGAUCAAAGACUGUCCUCUCAGUGCAGAUGCCGUUAGCAGCAAGCUUCAAGGCAGCAACAUCUUCACCAUUGCCAAGAGGAACGUGGAGGGCCAGGACAUGCUGUACCAGUCGCUCAAGCUGACCAACGGCAUCUGGGUCCUGGCGGAGCUACGGAUCCAACCAGGGAGCCCCAACUUUACGCUGUCCCUGAAAUGCCGUGCCCCCGAAGUGGCCCAGCACGUCUUCCAAGCCUACGAAACCAUCCUGAAGAACUGACACCCCUCCGGACGCCGCCAUACCCCCCCCCAUCCCCAAUUCCUGAGUCAAAGAAGCGGUGAUGAUUUUAUUGGGACCACCCCCCCUCCCACUCCAAGCAUGCCCCCCCCCAAGAUAUUGCAAGGCCUCCAGAGCAGCAGUGAAUCUCAUUAAGAACCAGAAACUGGCGGGGGGGGGCUUAAGAGGGGGCCCAGGGUUCGUUCUGGAGCUUCAGGGGGACAGGGAGGUGUCUGGAACGAGCCCCCGGAGGGGAUGGGAGAGCCCCGCUGAGGUUGCCCCAUUCUUGGGGGCCCUGUACCUUGGGGUUUUUUGGCCCUUGUUCAUGUGCAGAAGCUGACGGGCCGCUCGAAGGGAAGCCCCACUCGCCUCUUGGCAUCAUCUUGCUGUCUUGCUAUCUUCCCAACCAAAUAAACAAUCGAUGCUCCAAGACCUGAA